AUCGUUCGUAGUGGACGAAUCGUGACCCGUUGGAGAUUGCAUGCUUUCUCGAUUGACUUAUUUGGCUUCUUCAAGGCGGAUUCGACAUGUACAACAUAAUAACAAUCAUCGCGCUCCUCGCGUUAAGCACAAGGCAAAUCGAAGCUCAAGCAGUACUCGCGACUGCUUGCUAUUUCAAACGCGAUAGCCAAGUCGGGCUUGGCAACGCUGGUCCUUGUGGUGUUGUUACUCCUACUACUAACUUCACCAGCUGCUGUGUGUCAGGGGACACUUGCCUCGCUGACGGGUUGUGCCAUUAUACUCAUCCAAUGCCCGAUGCUCCUACCGUGGAAACUGGCUAUUAUAUGGGCGGCUGUACCGACCCCUCAUACUCUGCCGCCUCCUGCCCAAUCUCCUGUUCAGAUCUGCACCUUCCAGACGUAGUCUACAAUCAAACGACCAAAAUCUGGCACUGCUGCGGCCUCAUAAAUGGCUCCGUCCGUUGCGAUACUCCGACAGAUGAAACUUUUUCUGCGCCCGCUCCAUCUGCGCUCUCGGUAACUUUCAGUGUGGGCCCAACUCCUGUGACUGCCGCUUCAUCCCCGAGCUCAACAUCCCCGAGUUCAACAUCUCCAACAACAUUGCCGUCUGCAUCACAAACUUCGGAUCCUCAGGCAACGGGUGGAGGUUUGAGUAGGGGUGCAAAAGCAGGCAUAGGCGCUGGAUGUGCCAUCGUUGGUGUUGCCAUUAUUGGCCUGUUGGCAUGGUUCUUUUCCCGCAGGAGGACCAAACAUGCUGUGAUGAGAGAAACCCUAGGCAUGGGUUACGGCUAUAAUCCAGCUGUGGGUGGCUAUAAGGCAGAAAGACCAGUAGAGCUGCCAUCACGGGCACCGGAAAAGGCGAGGAACAGUGUAAGGGCUGAGUUGGGAUGAGGAGACGUCCUUGCGGCUCUUUUUCCCACGUUCGGUGACAGUAAUGGAGGAACUUCAACUAGAUAUGGCUCAUCUCAUCUUGUUUUCUUUCCUCUUUCUUCACAGACCACAAUGGUGAGACAACAUUGAAACUAUCUUCGAGUGGUGGAAG